UAACUGGUCAACCAGUUUACAAGUUAAUCUUGUAUUUUGCGAGAAAAAAAAUGAAUCACAAUAUACAAUAUACUCUGUGAUCACUUUUCUCUUGGGUUUGUGGAGAGAGAGAGAGAGAGAGAGAGAGCGCAACUGAACAUUUCAGGAGAAGAAAAAAUGAAAAAAGCCGGCUUUUGAAAAUUGAAAUGCAACUCAAUUGUUGCCUUUUUUAUUGUUAUUUGGUGGAUCCAUACGCAUAAGAGACAAUAUCCAAAUAUAUAUACUAUUUUUAUUUUACUUUCUGUAUUUUUAUUUUAUGUUUUAGUCAUUUUACUACUCACCGGCUCGGACAGAUCACUGUGGCGGAGACGAUUUUGAUCCUUCAAACUUUAGAGGCGUCAAAUUUUGAGGCCCAUAGGGGAUGGAAAAAAAAACAAAAGAAGUUCGGGCAAGUUUCAGACGACACAAUCUGCUUCGACACUCCGCAGGGCGCAGCCUCCGCUAUCGCCUCAGGUGACAAGGUGAAACUUAAGGGCCUCACAUUUGAAAGUUUGCCUAGGGCCUCUCAAACUAUUGGAAUCUCAGGGCCGGCCUUGCCUUCGAUGGAGCUUGAUCUCGAUGCGUUCACCAGCGGCGGCGACAACAACUACGAUGACGAGGACCACCUCCUCAACGACGAUGGCAUUCCUCACCGCACCGUGGAUGACAUACUCAACGAAUCCUCCUCCUCUGAUGAUUCGUCUUCUACUUCAUUGUCAGAUCGCUCUUACCUUCCACGCCCACGCUUCCCAUCAGAUUAUCGCUCCUCCGUGUCGGUGAUGGCAUGUAGCCCUAAAACCCUAUCAUCGGAUGAUGCUCGAGUUUUUGUUGAUGAAAACACUCGUUUAACUUCCUCCUCAGAAGUACACCGAUUUAAAUUGAGUUCAAUUAGUUGGGAAAGGGAAAAGGAAAAGGAAAAGGAAAGGGAAAGUAGGUUGGGUGAGUUUUCCUCCUCCGGCUUGUUGGAUCAUCGGAGGAAUGCUCUGUUUGGCUUUGGCGGCGGCGUUAGAUCAAAUGCUAAGAAGCCAGGGGCUGCCCUUGCUGCCGCUGCGGCAGCUUCACGUUCCAUUCCUACUCCUCACGCCGCUGCAAUUAAAUCCAGAAGAGCCAAUGCUAUAGAAGAAGAAGAAUUGGCUUCAAAAUCAUCCCAAGGUGGUGGUAUUUCUGAGGAUGGAAGGGAUGGAGGUGCUGAUGAUUUUGGCCGAUUGGGAUUAGGAUUAGGAUUAGGGUUAGGCCUUCCCAAUCCCAAUCCCAAUCCCAAUCCCAAUCUUAAUGACGAUGUUUCUGGCUUAGCAGAAAUCAGUCCAUUUCAGUCAGAUGGCAAAUUGGGAGAUUCUCAGUCUAAUGUUAGUGGGGAAUUCGAUAGGAAUAUCGCAGAAGAGAGUUCACAUAUAUAUAUGGAAGAACAUGUAUCCGAAAGAGUGGAUGAUGAUGAAUCAAGUGUUAGGGGAGCUUACAAUUUCGAACAAGUUUCAUCCAGUACAACCCAUGUUGAACAAAACACCAAGACUUCCUCUUUUAACAAGGAGGAGGAGGAUGAUUGGAAUUUCAAUGAGUGCUCCACAAUUCCAGUUUCAAUUGAUGUUAUUGAAGAUGAUAAACAACUAGUUCGGUCUCAUGAGCUUCAUAGUGAUGUCAAUUCAUUGGUGGUAUUUACUGAUGAUACUAAAACUACUGAACAUACUAAGCAAAAGGGGAUUCCUUCUCCCCCCGGACCUGGAUCUGAUAAGGGCAGUAGUAAGGCAGAGGAGGAUCUGACAAUUCCCAUGUAUGAAACGCCACAGGAUGAUCUAGAGCAGAAGGUUGUCAUGCCUUAUCCCAAAGAUCAAGAGGAGCUGAGUCUUGCUGAAGAAGAUGACAACGCUGGUUCUUCAACAAGUGAUGUAACGGACCUCGUUGAAGAAAGAAUUCUUCAAUGGGAGAGUGAGAGGAGUAGUAAACGAGCAGAAAAGAGAAGAAGUCGCUCUUCCAUGAAGCCCCUUGAAUUAGCUGAAGAACUUGAAAAGAAACAUUCCUUUACUGGUUUGCACUUGGAAGAGGGUGCUGCUGCUCAGCCAAUGAGGCUUGAGGGUGUUCGGAGGGGGUCAACUGCCUUGGGAUACUUUGACACUGAUGCCAACAACACUAUCACACGGACAAUCUCAUCUCAGGCAUUCAGGCGCGAUCACGGAUCUCCACAAGUCGUGGCUGUUCAUCUCAACUUCAUUGCGGUGGGAAUGUCAAAAGGGUUGGUGGUCAUCAUGCCCAGUAAAUACUCUCCUCAUUGUGCUGACAACCUGGAUGCCAAGAUGUUGAUGCUUGGACUACAAGGGGAUAGGUCUCAUGCCCCAGUAACUUCCAUGUGCUUCAAUCAGCAAGGAGACCUGCUCUUUGCAGGAUAUGGUGAUGGACACAUAACUGUUUGGGAUGUACAGAAGGGAUCUGCAGUGAAAGUUAUUUCUGGGUCGCAUGAAGCACCAGUAGUACAUAUGUUAUAUCUGGGCCAGGAUUCUCAAGUUGCUCGUCAGUUUAAAGUAGUUAGUGGCGACAGUAAGGGUUCUGUUUUUCUGAUUACUUUUUCUGUGGUUCCCUGGCUCAAUAGAUUCUCCUUCAAAACGGCGUGUCUUCUUGAUGGAAAAACAACAGGCAGAGUACUCUGUGCUUCUCCACUUCUGUCUAACGAAUGUUCUAUUGGUGUGUCAUUGUCCUCCCAAGAAAACACUACUGGUUCAACCAGUGCUCUUGGUAGUAUGAUGGGAGGUGUGGUUGGGGGCGAUGCUGGAUGGAAAUUCUUUGCCGAAGAUUCUUCUUUGGUUGAAGAAGGUGUGGUCAUAUUUGUCACCCAUCAAACUGCUCUGGUGGCAAGGGUAACUCCUGAAGUGAAAGUCUAUUCUCAGCUUCCAAAGCCUGAAGGAGUUCGGGAGGGUUCCAUGCCUUACACUGCUUGGAAAUGCAUGACGCAGUCACGUGAUUCUUCCAAUGAAAAUUUGCCUGUUGAAGCUUCGGAAAAAGUUUCACUUCUAGCAAUUGCUUGGGAUCGGAAAGUUCAGGUUUCAAAACUUGUCAAGUCAGAGUUAAAAAUAUGUGGGAAAUGGACCCUUGAAAGCUCAGCAAUAGGUGUGGCAUGGUUGGAUGACCAGAUGUUGGUGGUUCUUACAUUGAAUGGACAACUUUGUUUGUUUGCAAAAGAUGGAACUGUGAUACACCAGACAAAUUUUUCUGUGGAUGGAUUUGGAGGAGAUGAUCUCAUCGCAUAUCACACCUACUUUAUGAAUAUCUUUGGAAACCCUGAGAAAGCUUAUCAUAAUUGUGUAGCUGUAAGAGGCGCUACUAUUUAUAUACUUGGCCCUAUGCAUCUUGUUGUUUCUCGGCUCCUCCCAUGGAAGGAACGGAUUCAAGUUUUGCGGAAAGCCGGUGACUGGAUGGGUGCCUUGAACAUGGCAAUGACACUUUAUGAUGGUCAAGCCCAUGGUGUUAUUGACCUUCCUAAAACGCUGGAUGCUGUACAGGAGGCCAUAAUGCCCUACCUCAUAGAGUUGCUUUUGUCAUACGUAGAUGAAGUUUUUUCUUAUAUAUCAGUGGCAUUUUGCAACCAAAUUGAAAAGCUGGAACAAUUGGGUGAUUCGAAGAGUACAAGCAGUUCUGUGCAUUCAGAUAUAAAAGAGCAGUUCACUCGUGUUGGUGGCGUUGCUGUUGAAUUCUGUGUCCAUAUCAAGAGAACUGACAUCCUUUUUGAUGAAAUUCUUUCCAAAUUUGUGGAUGUUAAACAUAAAGACACAUUUUUGGAGCUUUUGGAGCCAUAUAUAUUGAAAGACAUGCUUGGAUCUCUACCGCCUGAGAUAAUGCAAGCGCUGGUAGAGCAUUAUAGCACAAAAGGUUGGCUGCAACGAGUUGAACAAUGUGUUCUCCAUAUGGACAUCUCUUCCUUGGAUUUUAAUCAGGUUGUGCGUUUAUGCCGGGAGCACAGAUUGUAUGGUGCACUGGUAUAUUUGUUUAACAGGGGUUUAGAUGAUUUUAAGGCACCUCUAGAGGAGCUCCUGGUUGUUUUACGAAAUAGCCCCAGGGAAAGUGCCGCUGUUCUUGGGUACCGGAUGCUUGUAUACCUGAAGUACUGUUUUUCAGGUCUUGCUUUUCCUCCAGGGCAUGGAACUCUUUCCCCUACACGGUUGCCAUCCCUUAGAAUAGAGCUCGUGCAGUUUCUAUUGGAGGAUUCUAGUUCCCCAAAUUCAUGGGUGGUUUCAUGCUUAUCCUCCGCAGGAGCAUACCUGAACCUGUAUCAUCUCUUAGAGUUAGAUACUGAGGCUACUUUAGAUGUUUUGACAUGUGCAUUUGUAGAAGAUGAAGUACUGAAAUCUGACCAUUCUUUGUAUGAUUCACCCAAUGCAAAUGUGGAGGAUAAGAAAGAAUAUGGUUCAACAGCUGAAAGUCUGAACUUGUUGGUCCAAAGAACAGUAAAUGCUCUUGUUCAUGUUCUUGAUACAGUCAACUCCCUAAAGGACUGGUCUACCAGCAGCGAUAAUAUUGGAGUGGAAUAUUGGCCUUCAAAGAAUGAUGUAGGUCAUAUAUUUGAGUUUAUUGCCUACAAUGUUUCCUGUAAGAGAGCUAAUAUAUCCAACAACAUACUGAGUCAGAUUUUUGAGUACUUCACAUCCGAGAUUAAUCUUCCACCAAGUGUUCCAAGACAGAAUAUUGAGACUUCUAAAAGAAGAGAGAAGCAGGUGCUUUCUCUUUUGGAAGUAGUUCCUGAAAGAUACUGGGAUGCAUCUUAUGUGUUACGUCUUUGUGAAAAAGCUCAAUUUUAUCAGGUUUGUGGCUUAAUUCAUGCCAUCAGACAUCAGUAUCUUGCUGCUUUAGAUAGCUAUAUGAAAGAUGUGGAUGAACCUGUUCAUGCGUUUUCCUUCAUCAAUGAUACAUUACUACUACUGAAUGAACCUGAAUUAGGUGCUUUUCAAUCAGCCGUCAUUUCUCAAAUCCCAGAUCUGGUUUGCUUAUGCAGAGAGGGAGCAUUCUUUUUGAUUAUUGACCAUUUUGCUGGAGAAAAUCAACAAAUUUUUUCUGAACUACAUUCUCACCCAAAAAGCCUUUUUCUGUAUCUAAAGACAGUUGUUGAGGUUCAUUUAUCUGGCAUUCUCAACUUUUCAUGCUUAAAAAAAGAUCAUAUUGUUUAUUUUCCCGGUGGAAGAUGGUCAGAUAGAGUUGAGGCUUACUUUAGAAGGAUAUCUGAUUUCCCGAAGAUACUUCACAAUAAUCCUGUUCAUUUAACUGAUGAAAUGACAGAGCUUUAUCUUGAGCUGUUAUGUAAACAUGAGCGCAAUUCAGUUCUCAAAUUCUUGGAGACUUUUGAAAGCUACAGGGUGGAACACUGUUUGCGUUUGUGCCAGGAAUAUGGGAUCAUUGAUGCCGCAGCAUUCUUAUUGGAAAGGGUUGGUGAUGUUGGAAGUGCUCUUGUACUUACUCUUUCUGGCCUCAAUGAUAAAUUCGUCGUGCUUGAUACUGCUGUGGGAAAUGUAGUUUGUGAUGCUGGUAUGGAGCAUUUCAGCACCAUUUUAAAGAGAGAGGUGAGUGAAGUGCGUGAUAUAUUGCAUGCCUGUAUUGGAAUGUGUCAGCGGAAUACCCCCCGAUUGGAUCCUGAGGAGUCAGAAUCCCUCUGGUUUCGGUUGCUUGAUUCGUUUUGUGAGCCUUUGUUGGAUUCAUAUAAUAAUAAAAUAUCUGAAGGAGAAAAUCACUUCCGAAUGCUAAAUGAAUCAUUAGGUAGGAGGGAAUAUGAAGGGGCACGUAUAAUUAAGUGGAAACUCUCAAAGUCCCACCAAGGUGCUCAUAUUUUAAGGAAAUUGUUUUCUCAGUUCAUCAAAGAGAUUGUUGAGGGAAUGAUUGGAUACGUUCCCCUUCCAACUAUAAUGUCAAAACUCCUUUAUGAAAAUGGCAGCCAGGAAUUUGGUGAUUUUAAAGUUACCAUCAUGGGCAUGCUUGGAAUGUAUGGUUUUGAGAGAAGAAUUCUGGAUACCGCCAAAUCCUUGAUUGAGGAUGAUACAUUUUAUACCAUGAGCUUACUCAAGAAGGGGGCUUCUCAUGGGUAUGCCCCUAGGAAUCUUCUAUGUUGCAUAUGUAAUUGCCUUCUCUCUAAAAAUUCCUCUAGCUCUACCAUUCGAGUUUUCAGUUGUGGUCAUGCAACCCAUGUCCAGUGUGAAAUUCAGGAGAACGAGGCAUCACAUAGAGGCGCCUCACCUGGAUGUCCCAUUUGUAUGCCUAUGAAGAAGGGACAGAAGUCUAGAAGUAAGACAAUUCUCGCAGAGAAUGGAUUGACGAGCAAGUCUUGGUCAAGACCGCAACAAACUCAGGGGACUAGUGCUCCACACCCAUAUGAAAGUGAUGCAUUUGAGAAUUUGUACGGUUUUAAGGAAACUUCGAGGUUUGAGAUCUUGAUUAAUCUUCAGAAAGACCAGAGAUCGAUCCAAAAAGAGAACAUGCCUCAGUUGAGGCUUGCACCACCAGCUGUAUAUCAUGAAAAGUUGAAGAAAGGAAUUGAUUUUUUAGCUGGAGAAAGUAGCAGUGGUCUCGGAAAAAUAGAAAAACAAGGUAAAAGCAGGCAACUUAGAGAGCUAAACGUGAAGCGAUCGGCGAUUCGAUUUCCUUUGAAAUCAUCAAAUAUAUUUGGCAAGGAGAAGACCAAUAGGCGAUGAAUAGUUUCAAAGAUAGAAAAUGUUGAUUCCCGUCGAGGAGCUGACCGGCUGAUGAAUGAUACUACAGAUCAAAAUAGCUUAUACAGAGUUAAAAGUAGACAAUUUUUACCUUCCUUUUUAUUUUUAUUAUUUUAUUUUAUUUUAUUUUUGUCAUGUUUCUUUAUUGUCCAUGUAAUUUAUAAUGUAUAUAACAUAGUGAUUGUACCUGUACUUUAUAAUGUAUUUAACAUUGUGAAAAUUAUCUUAUUGUUGUUAAAUCAGUAUAGAAUACAAUCAAUAGUGGAGGGACUAUUAACAGA